AAAGCCUGGAACUGAAGGCGUUAGGACCUUGAUACCACUUCUUAGGCAGGAGGGCGUAUGCCGGUUGGAAGUGGAAGGCAUAUAGGCUGACAUCGGAGAUCUACUGAAUGAGUUCCUGGCAGCGGCAAGCGCAAUGCAAGUUAGGGGCCGCGGCUGAGUUGGAGCGCGAUUUAAGGCGGAAACUAUUUGAAUAUUUCGCGUUUCGUCUUGUCUUACCUUCACGUCCGCUUUGAAAACCCAGAAGAGAGAAAAUGUCGGUGCUAGCGCUGCAAGAGUACGAAUUUGAGAGACAGUUCAAUGAAGACGAAGCCAUCCGGUGGAUGCAGGAAAACUGGAAGAAGUCCUUCCUGUUCUCUGCGCUGUACGCCGCGUGCAUCCUGGGCGGCCGUCAUGUCAUGAAACAGCGAGAAAAGUUUGAGCUGCGGAAACCUCUGGUGAUAUGGUCACUCACGCUCGCCGUCUUCAGUAUAUUUGGUGCCGUAAGGACUGGGAGUUACAUGACGUACAUCCUGAUGACAAAAGGGCUAAAGCAGUCCGUAUGUGACCAGAGCUUCUACAAUGGACCCGUCAGCAAGUUCUGGGCCUACGCCUUCGUUCUCAGCAAGGCCCCCGAGCUAGGAGACACACUGUUUAUCGUGCUGCGGAAGCAGAAGCUCAUCUUCCUGCACUGGUACCACCACAUUACUGUGCUGCUGUACUCCUGGUACUCCUACAAGGACAUGGUGGCAGGCGGCGGCUGGUUCAUGACCAUGAACUACCUGGUGCACGCCGUCAUGUACUCCUACUAUGCGCUCCGGGCCGCUGGCUUCCGCGUCUCGCGCAAGUUCGCCAUGUUCAUCACGCUCACGCAGAUCACGCAGAUGGUCAUGGGCUGUGUGGUCAACUACCUAGUCUACUCGUGGAUGCAGCAGGGUCAGGAGUGUCCCUCGCACAUGCACAACAUCGUCUGGUCCUCGCUUAUGUACCUCAGCUACUUUGUGCUCUUCUGCCAGUUCUUCUUCGAGGCCUACAUCGACAAGUCCAAGCGCAACGCCGCCGCCAAAACUGCCGCCGCUGCUGCUGCUGCUGCUGCUGCUGCCGCCAAAACUGCCACCGCCGCCACAACCACCACCGCCACCACCACAGCCGCCCCCGAGAAGAAGAGCCAGUGAAGAGAAUCCAACAAAAGAGAAUAAAAGAGUUGGUAGAAGAGCUGGGGAGAGGCGUGGAGGGCAAGGGCUGGGGUGCUGAUGAUCUUAAACAGACAGCAGCUGUGGAGAAGAGAUGGAGGUAAGGACCAAACGGAAGACGGGGGGGGGGGGGUGGGAGAGAUGGAAGGAUGGGGAAGAGGAGAGAGAGAAGGGGAGAGAAAACGCAAAGGGGUGGGAUAGGGGGUGGGGGUCAGGGGGAUUGCUGUUGGGGCUUUCGUGCACUCUACUAACGCAUAGAGGUCAACCCCCUCCCUCAUCGCCAGGAUACAGAGGGGGAGGGGGGAGUGACCAAGCAACGCUGCACUGAGGAAUCAUUACUAUGGCAACAGACAGUGUCUUUAUGUGGUGUUCAUGUGCCCAAGUUGAUUCUCUAUGUUGAAAAAAAUACAUAAAUAAAUUAAUGAUAGAAGUUGUAAAAAGGGAACUAAAAGAUGUGAUGGCCCAUGUAAAGAAGAACUAUUGGAAGGGAACUGGAGAAUAGCAAAAUGGAGUCAUGUCUGAAGUGAGUCCGUCAGAAGUGUUGUUAUGUUUUUCAUUUCUUUGUCUGCUACAUCAAUGUGGUAAUUGUCAUGUUUUUUAUUUUCCAUUCUUAUUUAAUUUGAUUGUUUAGAGGCUAGUAUGUGCGAUAGCUUUGUACAAAAGUGGUUUCGACUAAGAACCCGGUAUACCAUGCGAUCGACUGGGAUUGGAAGAGACUGUGUUUUCUGCGUCACUAAAACACCCAGUUUUCUCAGGUCCUAGAAUCUACGUUUGACGUGCAUAUCACUGCAGAAAAAAGUAAAACACAAAAAGAUGCAUAAUUGUAUCACUGGUGAGUUUGGCCUGUAUUGUCAACAUUAUUUAAAAAAUAAAAUAAUAAUAAAAAAAAAAACAAAUCACAAUGCACUGGGAAGACCUUCUGAAACUAGAACACAUCAAUAGCAACAUCAAAGAACUUUGGAGGGGAAAAAGACCACCUGACACUUUUCCAUAGCAACGACUCUUCUUCCUGGAUGCAUUCUUAGAGACAGUUUUGUCAGUGCAACUCUGGGGCUGAUGGUGGCUCUGUCCGUCACAGACACACAGGAACAGACCAGUACCAAACCCUCAGAGCCGGCCAGUCAGCUUGCCAAUCCUCCAAGCCCAAAAAAUAAUAAUAUGAAGAGGCUAAA